GUCAAGUAGAAAAAGCUGCCCAGUCUUUCUAACCAUUGGCACGAAUACUAUUCCAUUAGAAGAGGAGGAAAUGUUUGUAAUGUUUGUAAUGUGUGUAUUGAAUGAUAAAGAUGGGAUAAAGUCCUAUCCCUGGAGUCUGGUGGGAGAGGGAAGUAGGCCCCAGCUUUGCACCCGGCCAACUCUCGAUGGACCUUCCCCAAACUCAGCCCACAAACCCUGACCCCUGUCCCUGCCAGACACCCCAACACCCGCCCCGCUCCUCCCCCGGAUCCCGCCCCAUCCCCGGGCAGGCCGUGCUGCAGGCAGGGCAGGAUGGAGGAGGACCGCUUCGUUGGGGCGUUCGGUAACCUGAGUCUACAUGGUCCGCCCAGAUCGGGGUACAGACGGCGCCCCAAUAACAGACCCCCCGCACCCCAACAUCAAGCCCCCCCUCCUCCCCGCCAUUCCAGGUUCAACAAACACAUCUACCUCCUGCGGGGGCUCCCCGGCUCCGGCAAGACCAGCCUGGCCAGGUACCACACCGGAGGGCAGCUAUACCCAGUAUUAGACCAGCCUGGUCAGAUACCACACCGGGGGGCAGAUAUACCCAGUAUUAGACCAGCCUGGCCAGGUACCACACCGGGGGGCAGAUAUACCCAGUAUUAGACCAGCCUGGCCAGGUACCACACCAGGGGGCAGAUAUACCCAGUAUUAGACCAGCCUGGCCAGGUACCACACCGGGGGCAGAUAUACCCAGUAUUAGACCAGCCUGGGGGCAGAUAUACCCAGUAUUAGACCAGCCUGGCCAGGUACCACACCGGGGGGCAGAUAUACCCAGUAUUAGACCAGCCUGGCCAGGUACCACACACCGGGGGGCAGAUAUACCCAGUAUUAGACCAGCCUAGCCAGGUACCACACCGGGGGGCAGAUAUACCCAGUAUUAGACCAGCCUGGCCAGGUACCACACCAGGGGGCAGAUAUACCCAGUAUUAGACCAGCCUAGCCAGGUACCACACCGGGGGCAGAUAUACCCAGUAUUAGACCAGCCUGGGGGCAGAUAUACCCAGUAUUAGACCAGCCUGGCCAGGUACCACACCGGGGGGCAGAUAUACCCAGUAUUAGACCAGCCUGGCCAGGUACCACACCGGGGGGUGGCAGAUAUACCCAGUAUUAUACCAGCCUGGCCAGGUACCACACCGGGGGGCAGAUAUACCCAGUAUUAUACCAGCCUGGCCAGGUACCACACGGGGGGGCAGAUAUACCCAGUAUUAGACCACCCUGGCCAGGUACCACACCGGGGGGAGGGCAGAUAUACCCAGUAUCAGACCAGCCUGGCCAGGUACCACACCGGGGGCAGCUAUACCCAGUAUUAGACCAGCCUGGCCAGGUACCACACCGGAGGGCAGAUAUACCCAGUAUUAGACCAGCCUGGCCAGGUACCACACCGGGGGGCAGAUAUACCCAGUAUUAGACCAGCUUGGCCAGGUACCACACCGGGGGGCAGAUAUACCCAGUAUUAUAUCAGCCUGGCCAGGUACCACACGGGGGGGCAGAUAUACCCAGUAUUAGACCAGCCUGGCCAGGUACCACACCGGGGGGCAGAUAUACCCAGUAUUAGACCAGCCUGGCCAGGUACCACACGGGGGAGUGGAGGGGGGGGCAGAUAUACCCAGUAUUAGACCAGCCUGGCCAGGUACCACACCGGGGUGGGGCAGAUAUACCCAGUAUUAGACCAGCCUGACCAGGUACCUCACCUGGGGGCAGAUAUACCCAGUAUUAGACCAGCCUGGCCAGGUACCACACCGGGGGGCAGAUAUACCCAGUAUUAGACCAGCCUGGCCAGGUACCACACACCUGGGGGCAGAUAUACCCAGUAUUAGACCAGCCUGGCCAGGUACCACACCGGCGGGCAGAUAUACCCAGUAUUAGACCAGUGUGGCCAGGUUCCACACACCUGGGGUCAAAUAUACCCAGUAAUAGACCAGCUUGGCCAGGUACCACACCGGGGGCAGAUAUACCCAGUAUUGGGCUGGUCUUGCCGCAGUAUUAAACCAGCCUGGUCAGGUACCACACUGGAGGGCAGCUAUACCCAGUAUUAGACCAGCCUGGCUAGGUACCACACUGGAGGGGAUGAUAUAUCCAAUAUUAGAUCAGCAGAUAUUGCACCAGGGGGCAGUCAUACCCUGUAUAUACAUUCCAAAUUCUGCUGGGGAAUACAUAUAUUUUGCGGGUGUUUUUUACAUUUUAAAGUGGAGGGGGUGCCAAAUGUAGGAUCCGCCCCGGAUGCCAAAAGCUCUAGGUACGCCCUGGUAGUCCACUACAGCUUGACGUCCAGAGGGUGUUAGUUUUCUCCAUACAGAGGCUGAGAGUGUGUGCGGGAAACUCUCCUCCUCCUUUUCGCCGUCAAGAGCCGCGCGUGCAUUCAGCCAGUCCAUAGGAAAGCAUUCUCAAUGCUUUUCUAUGGACUCUGUCGUCUUCUCACUGUGAAAAUCACAGUGAGAAGCGCCUCUAGCAGCUGUCAAUGAGACAGCCACUAGAGGCUGGAUUAACUCAUAGGUAAACAUAGCAGUUUCUCUGAAACUGCUAUGUUUACAGCAAAAGGGGUUAAACCUAGAUGGACCUGGCACCCAGACCACUUAAUUAAGCUGAAGUUGUCUGGGUGCCUAUAGUGGUCCUUUAAGGUUCCCCCUCACCCUUUUGUCACUGCUGCUCAAGGGUGAGGGCAGGGGUGUGAACAAUAGGCCCCCACCCGCUGUUCAUAGGUGGGGACCGGGGGAGGGAGGCAGUAGGUUUUGUCACUAAGGGCCCCCAACCGCUGCUCAUGGGUGGGGUGGGUGGGCAGACAAUAGGUCCCCCCUUUUGUCACUGAUGGGCCCCCAGCCACCGUUUAUGGGUGGGGAUCAGAGGGGGGAGACAAUAGGACCCCCACCUGCCACUGAUGGAUUGGAGCUGGGGGGGGGGGGCAAUAUGUUGCCCUUUUGCUGCAAUAUGUUGCCCUUUUUGUCACUUAGGGCCCCCCAACCGCUGUUUAUGGGUUAGGGCUGGAGGAGGACAUUUGAAUAGGUGCCAUGGGGCACUUUAUUGGAGUAUACUAACUUAGUGUUAGUAAAGUAGGCUGAAAGACCAUUUUUUUUUUUCUCAUUGUUUUAGGACAAAAUUCUAUAUGACAGGACAUUCGAACGGCAAAUGAAGCAACGCGAUAUCACGGAGAAGAGGUGAGUAUUGUGAGGAAAAAAAUUUGACCACAGGAAAUGACUUAAGCUACUCCUUGGGUCAAAGAUGGUCAAUCAUUGGAAAAAUACAGAAGACAAAGUAGUCCGUAUUUUUAAAGAAAACUAAAUCAGAUUAAAAAAAUAAAAAGAAACAGAUCCUGAGAGAGGGAGAGAAGAGGAAGCGAUUGGGGAAAGGUAAGUUCAGCAUGACUGUGCUGCUAUAAAGUGGGUCUGUAACCCCCAUAUCAAAAAUAAGAGAUUCCUUGUUCCAUGAGCACUUCUAAAAGCAGUAGUGGUCAUGGAGGUCGGAGUAACCAUUUAAUCAUCUGUGUAGAUUUUCCUAUACUUGACAAACUAAAAUUCUAAAGGACAUACAUAGCUGCAGUUUUUAAUAUACAUCAUUACAUUACUUGAAUGUCAUUUCCUCAGCCAGGUCAAGGUUUAAAUCCCACUUUGCACAGUGUGACGAAUUACUAUGAAUUAUGGGUACACACUUCCGUGCUGCAUCCAUGAUUCAAUACUUUUUUUUGUCUUUUUGCUAGUGACGUAAUAUUGAAAGUUUUAACAAUAUAUCGGGAUUAGUUUAACUACACUUGCAGAAACAUACCUUCCUAAUGGCGUGGUUUGGGGGUUUAUACAGAUUAUUUAAAGCCUCCUGUGCUAAAAAAUAUGAAUAACUCAGUCCCGAGUUUCAAUAAAUUACAAAAAUCCCUUUUCUGAAAAAUGUGCUGUUUACUACAGUUUGUUUUUGUGUGCUUACAAGCAAAGUAGCCCCUAUUUUUCAGAAAAACCUAUUAUGAACCUAUUAUGAAAAAACCUCCGAAGUCACAGUAUUUUAAAAAUAAGCCUAAACCUGUUUUUAUAUGAACUUGCUUACUCUUUCUUUAACCUUCAGUUUCAGCUUGCACAGCUGUCUUUUUAUUUUUAAAGAUUUGUAAAUAACAUUUUAUUGCCUGUACUUUGGAACUAACACCUAAACGUAUAUACCUGUACUAUGUUAGUAUAUUUUGUCUCUAUUUUUAUUUUUUAUUUUUUGCAUUUACAACUUACCAGAACAAUAAAUUCAGAUACAUCUUGUAUUCAGAAUCAAAGACAAUAUAAUCCUCUCAGGCUGACAUUGAGCACUUUAGGAAGUGUGGUUAGGACUGCAUAAUCAGAAACAGAAGAGACGUGAGCAGUCAACGUUGAUAUGUUAAUUGGAGUAUCUCUUUACAUUAAAGAGUUAUUCCAAACAAAAACGGUGCUUUCAUAAAACACUUUUUUUGGUUAGUUACUCCUGCAGUGCUAGUCCAUCACCCCGACCCAAAAAAAAAAAAAAUGAAAUAAAACAAAAACGUUGCUUUCCAGAACCGUUCCAAGUUCUCCUUUCAUCAUGAUCCUCCUCCAGUGUUGUUGUGGAGGUAUAUCGGGAAGGGGAGAAAAUGGGCAAAAGAGAGGGGCACUGCUGCUAUUGGAAGCCUGUCAGACGUCAAAUGUGCACAGAAUUGACAUUAGCUGGCCCGGGCCUAUUGUUCCGGACUGACUAAUGACACAGCCAGAGCAAAAUGCUGCACGUUCACACUACCGGCACCAUGACCACUCUAAUGGGCAGUGUUUGGAGCAGCCUUUUAAGAAAGCAAAACAUACAUUAGAUUUAGCCCUGGGCAAAGCUCCUUACUCCACUCUCCAUUCCCUGUCUGAAAUCACUCCUUUCCAAUCGAUGUCCCAUCAAAUGCUUCUUACAGAGUGCUGGGUGCUCACAGCACCAAUAAUCACAAACGCAGGACAGUUUUUGGACUUGCAAGCAUUCAUUCCCAGAGAACAGAACCUGCAAGCUUCCCUAUGUCAACACUGACAUUCCCUCUCAUAAUGGUAUGAGUUGGUAUUGGACCAGUAAUCCCUGGCUCUUUGACUGACAGGGCAUGUAGGUGAAGCAAUAAGCCACAUUUUAAAGAUCUAUUUUGGCAAAUUAAUCAUAUGCAACGUAACAUUACAGGGACAUUACCCUUGCACCAUAACUACCGCAAUAAGCUGAAUUGGUUAUUGUGAUUAUAGGGUCCUUUUUAAGUUAUUGGGGGCAUUUACUCUGAUCAGCCACAACAUUAAAACCACUGACAGGUGAAGUGAAUAACAUUGAUUAUAUUGUUACAAUGGCACCUGUCAAUGGGUAGUAUAUAUUGGGCAGCAAAUGAACAGUCAGUUCUUGAAUUUAAUGUGUUGAAAGUAGAAAUAAACGGGGCAAGCAAAAAGAUCUGAGUGACUUUGACAAGGGCCAAAUAGUGAUUGCUAGACAACUGGGUCAGUGCAUCUCCAAAAACACCAAGUCUUGUGGGGUGUUCACUUUAUUCAGUGCUUAGUACCCAUCAAAUGUUGUGCAAGAAAGUACAACAGGUAAACCGGCAUCAGGGUCUUGGGUGCCCAAGGCUCAUUGAUGCAAGUGAGGGGCGAAGGCUGGCGCAUCUGGUCCAAUCACACAGAAGAGCUACUGUGCUCAAAUUGCUGAAAAACAUAAUGCCAGGAUAGAAAGGUGUUAGAACACACUGUGCAUCACAGUUUCCUGCGUAUGGGGCUGCAUAGCAUGCUCAUGAUGACCCCUGUCCCCCGGCAAAUGCACCUUUGAUUUUCUAUUCCUGACUUUAAAGGGACACUAUAGUCACCAGUACAAUGUACAAUGUAGUUGUUCUGGUGAGCAUAAUCAUUGUCUUCAGGCAUUUUCAUGCAAACACUGCCUUUUCAGAGAAACAUUUCCCCUAGGGACACCUCCAGGUGGCCACUCCUCAGAUAGCCACUGGAGGUGCAUCCUGGGGCAGUACUGUAUAGUAGGCAUCACUGCCAUUCAGCUUCUCAAUGAACCUCUAUGAGGAGGUGCUGAUUGCCCAAAACAGUGUUUGGCCCCGCCCCAUCCCACCUACUUGCUGAUUUCAGCCAAUCCCAUGCUUUCCAUAUGGGAAAGCAUUGGAUUGACUAAAAAUGGAAAUUCUGAUCAUGUCACCAAGGAGGUGAAUCGGGGGCGGGGCUAGCGGUUUUUUUUUUGCUUGCUUUUGAAGCGGUUAUUGUUGUACGUAUCUUGUACCCCUCAAUCCAAUGUCACUAUCCCUAGCGGUCUGUGAGUUUACAGUGUUGUAACACUCACCACUCAGUCCUGCCAAGUAGGGCAAUCCUCAGCGAUGAUGCAAACAUGUUGGCUUCACUGCAGACACUAUACUGCAGCUGCAAAUGCAGGCCUCCCAAACAUCAGCUUCUGUCCCGCAUUCCUGAUUUACUUCCUUGGUGUCCCACUUUAGUCCUCAACACAGUGUGAGCACAUCACUAGACACAUCAUGUUCAGGGAACCAGGACCUUGCAUAGACCUCUGAAACAGUGCUCCUGGCAUGUUCCACCCUGCAUGCCUUCACACCAGGCUGACCUGCCAGUUAAUAGGGUGGACCUGCCCCUUUUCCUCCAACACAGCUGACAUCAGUGAUUAUGAUCUCAGUGUAUGCAAUGAUUGGAGGUUACUGCACAUGUGUACUUAUUGCCCCUUUGUGCCAAUCAGCACAUGAAGACGUCAAACAUCGGUCCUGCAAAGAUUGCAGUACCACAACAGGAAGUGCCUCUAAUGGAAGCCUGUCUAGAGGCAUCACUAUUGCCUGUGUGGCAGAGUUUCAGAUGAUCUCUAGAAUGUGAGCUUGAUAUAUAUGCAUAAUCUUUACUAUACUUGUCAGCCAUAACAUUGCUUUGGUGUUCUGCUUUAUCCUUUUAUAUAUCACCACCAUGAAAAAAAUGCCAAACUUCUAUCCAGUUGAACUUCUCUUUGAAAUCUCUAUCUAUUAAACCUGUUCCAUUACGAAUACCAUGCCUACAUGCAGAGGAGGCAAAAUAAUGUCAGGAGGAUUUUCCAUACUUAUUUAUGUGUUUUAGGAUGUAACCCUAAGAAUUUCUAUGUAUCAAUUAUAAGCUAAUUAUAAAAUUUGAUUUAAAGUAUGAUGUGACGGAGAGCGUACAUCAGUGUGGUUACAAUAACUGAAGCAGAAUACAGUCCGUUUCCCCCCAGGCAGAAUGGCAAUGCUUUUUUAGGCACAGUGACAACCUCAUUGCUAUUGUCAAUAUUUGUGUGUGUAAACACAAUUUUGUAGCUCGCACACUUUAUUUCCACUUAGUUUCUGUGGUUACUAAAAACAAGAUCUGAAAUGUGUCAUAAUUAACUCCUUAAUGGCCAAUGACAGAAUUAUUAUUUUUUAACAAACUAGUUUGUAAAGGUCCUACAUCCUGUUGGGGCAGAACAUCUAAACUGCCUUGUGGGUCUUUAAGGACUAGAAUGUGAGGUUAGCGUUAAAUAUGGUGCUUAAGAGGGUUAGCCUGUAAGUAACCAAAUAAACUAUCCUUUUAAUGAAAUUCUUCUUUUAAAUAAUGUUUCAGGAAACUGAACAGAGAAUUUCCAAGUGCUCUUGUGUUUAGCACAGAUGACUUUUUCAUUAUGGACGAUGGAACAUACCUGUAUGACCAUGACUUAUUGCCUGAAGCACACAGGUGGAAUCAGAAACGAGGUGAUUUUCCCGACUUAUAACGUAUAACUUUCCCAACUAACCUUUUCUUGUGUGUAGUGUAGCUGUUCAACUUCCUUUCAAUACAGUGCCUUUGUAUGACAGGCAACAAGUCUAGAACACAAAUACAAUAUAGCAUUGGAAAUUAUUUAAUCUCCCCCUCUAUAAGACAACUAGUCAAAUAAUAAUAUGAAUAUUAUAAAGGAUUUUAAAAUCCUGCAUUAUUAUAGGCGUGUGACUGCACUCAGGUAGACUCCAGUUCUCUAAUUAGGGUAAGGCAGAUUCAGGAAUUUCAUAGCAAUUGGGGGUUGGAUAUUUGCGCACUUUGUGUGACAACAUGGAAGUAUCUAUGGGGUUGUAUACUAGUGUGGGUUGUGAAUACAUAUAUAAAGCAGUGUGUCUGUACACGUAUCUAUGGGGUUGUGAAUAUACAUAUAAAGCAGUGUGUCUGUACACGUAUCUAUGUGAAUACAUAUAUAAAGCAGUGUGUCUGCACACAUAUCCAUGGGGUUGUGAAUACAUAUGUAAAGCAGUGUGUCUGUACACGUAUCUAUGGGGGUGUGAAUACAUAUAUAAAGCAGUGUGUCUGUACACGUAUCUAUGGGGGUGUGAAUACAUAUAUAAAGCAGUGUGUCUGUACACGUAUCUAUGGGGUUGUGAAUAUACAUAUAAAGCAGUGUGUCUGUACACGUAUCUAUGUGGCAGUGUGUCUGCACACAUAUCCAUGGGGUUGUGAAUACAUAUGUAAAGCAGUGUGUCUGUACACGUAUCUAUGGGGGUGUGAAUACAUAUAUAAAGCAGUGUGUCUGUACACGUAUCUAUGGGGGUGUGAAUACAUAUAUAAAGCAGUGUGUCUGUACACGUAUCUAUGGGGGUGUGAAUACAUAUAUAAAGCAGUGUGUCUGUACACGUAUCUAUGGGGUUGUGAAUAUACAUAUAAAGCAGUGUGUCUGUACACGUAUCUAUGGGGGUGUGAAUACAUAUAUAAAGCAGUGUGUCUGUACACGUAUCUAUGGGGUUGUGAAUACAUAUAUAAAGCAGUGUGUCUGCACACAUAUCCAUGGGGUUGUAAAUACAUAUAUAAAGCAGUGUGUCUGUACACGUAUCUAUGGGGUUGUGAAUACAUAUAUAAAGCAGUGUGUCUGCACACAUAUCCAUGGGGUUGUGAAUACAUAUGUAAAGCAGUGUGUCUGUACACGUAUCUAUGGGGGUUGUGAAUACAUAUAUAAAGCAGUGUGUCUGUACACGUAUCUAUGGGGUUGUGAAUACAUAUGUAAAGCAGUGUGUCUGCACACAUAUCCAUGGGGUUGUAAAUACAUAUAUAAAGCAGUGUGUCUGUACACGUAUCUAUGGGGUUGUGAAUACAUAUAUAAAGCAGUGUGUCUGCACACAUAUCCAUGGGGUUGUGAAUACAUAUGUAAAGCAGUGUGUCUGUACACGUAUCUAUGGGGGUGUGAAUACAUAUAUAAAGCAGUGUGUCUGUACACGUAUCUAUGGGGUUGUGAAUACAUAUAUAAAGCAGUGUGUCUGCACACAUAUCCAUGGGGUUGUAAAUACAUAUAUAAAGCAGUGUGUCUGUACACGUAUCUAUGGGGUUGUGAAUACAUAUAUAAAGCAGUGUGUCUGCACACAUAUCCAUGGGGUUGUGAAUACAUAUGUAAAGCAGUGUGUCUGUACACGUAUCUAUGGGGGUUGUGAAUACAUAUAUAAAGCAGUGUGUCUGUACACGUAUCUAUGGGGUUGUGAAUACAUAUGUAAAGCAGUGUGUCUGUACACGUAUCUAUGGGGUUGUGAAUACAUAUAUAAAGCAGUGUGUCUGCACACAUAUCCAUGGGGUUGUGAAUACAUAUGUAAAGCAGUGUGUCUGUACACGUAUCUAUGGGGGUUGUGAAUACAUAUAUAAAGCAGUGUGUCUGUACACGUAUCUAUGGGGUUGUGAAUACAUAUGUAAAGCAGUGUGUCUGUACACGUAUCUAUGGGGGUUGUGAAUACAUAUAUAAAGCAGUGUGUCUGUACACGUAUCUAUGGGGUUGUGAAUACAUAUGUAAAGCAGUGUGUCUGUACACGUAUCUAUGGGGGUGUGAAUACAUAUAUAAAGCAGUGUGUCUGUACACGUAUCUAUGGGGUUGUGAAUAUACAUAUAAAGCAGUGUGUCUGUACACGUAUCUAUGGGGGUGUGAAUACAUAUAUAAAGCAGUGUGUCUGUACACGUAUCUAUGGGGUUGUGAAUACAUAUGUAAAGCAGCGUGUCUGUACAUGUAUACAGUAAAGACUGAAUUAUGGGAAAAUUAAUAAUAGAAUAAACAAAUAGAUGAACUCCAAGAUAGCAUGAUUUUUGAUUAAGUGUCAAUCAAACUGUGCUCUCUCUCCAUAUAAUAUAUAUAUAUAUAUAUAUUUAUUUUUUGGAGGCAAUAUAUACAGUUCAGUUUAUCACAUCACCCAACAUACAGUACAGGACCAAAUUAGAUGAUCCAAAUCUUUAAAGGAACACUAAGUGUUAGUGAUACAAACAUGUUUAGGUCCCUGUUCCCCCUCUUAUCUGUGUGUGUACAACAAUCAUUUAUUCCAAUACAACCUAUUUAGGAAAUGAGAAGGCACACUUAAAAUCAAUAUGGUUCUCCAUGUACUUAAGAUAAAAAAAUUCUGUAAACUGUGUCGAGCAGCAAAACAGACAAUUUUACAAAAACUUAUUCCUGACCCUAUAGUGUUAAAAACACAUGUAGGGUCCCUGCUGCCCCCUUAAAUAACAAAACUAACCUUAUUUCUAAGCACCUCGUGAGUCUGCCGACCCUGGCCCCGCCCCCGGUUUACCUUGUCAUCAGAAUUGAUGAGCUCAGCCAAUCACAACGCUUUCCCAUAAGAAAGCAUUGGAUUGCUGAGAACGGAGGAAUAGAAACAUUUAGUGCCUCCUCUUCUCUGUAUGCUGACAGCCAGGUGUAAAUCACAGCUCUUACUAAAGAUUGAUAGGGAGCCAAGACGGAGGUGCCUAGUUGCAGAAUAAAGAGGUGUGGAUUUCUUCAGUUAUUUUUCAUUUUCACACCUCAUUAAUACAUAUUUGUUAAAUAUAAGUAUAUGUAACUAUAUUAAUAACCACAGGAAAUGUAAAUAUGAGCUGCUCGGCGAAUUCUCCUUUGCAGCUCACCGUGUAGCGAUCUUCUGUUCACCGGGAAAAACAUAUGGAGAGGUUGCGGUUCGCGAACUGGCUCGAAUGAGUGACCCUUGGGCUGUUGGAGAUAGUCUAUUCUCCUUGCAGUUUGUGUCACCGGGGGAGGGUGGGAGUAAGCGUUGUAUUUCGACAUUUUAAUGGGAAAGGAGAGUGGGAUGUGUUGGUAGAAUGGAGGUGACGUGAGUGGGGGGCAAGGGGGAGAGAGGGGAGUGGUAACAAAUCUCUCUCUAUAUAUAUACAUAUUGCCAAUGGCCCAGUCCUCCCCUAAGUGCUUACCUGUGUUGCUGCUAGUUCCCUUUCUUGCCUGACUUAUCGAAACCUGUUUUGGCACAGAAAUCACAAAGACAACAUUUUCUCUAUUAACAGCACGUAAAGCAAUGAACAAAGGAAAGACACCUAUUAUUAUAGAUAAUACCAAUAUUCAAGCAUGGGAAAUGAAGCCAUACGCAGUCAUGGUAAGUUUUAGUAAAAAUAAACAAGUUUGUAUUAUACUUUGUGUUAAAAAAGUGAGGUAUUUUGGGGGGCAGUCUUGUCAUUACCACCUUUCACAUAUAUUGGAAUACCAUUGUUAAAGUAAGGCCUUCUCAUAGAGAAGAAGUACUUCAUCAAAGUAGAAAUACAUUUAAUAGCACCACGGGAGACUGUUUGCCAUCAACAAACCAAUUUGGUAUGAAUGUACUACCAACAAUACAGAGCGGAGUGAUACACCAGGCACUACACUAUUAUCCAGGCCUUAACACUUACUAGCCACCGCAAUCCUGGAGGAGAAAUAGCAUACUCUCCGUGGGUGAAUUUUUACUGACCUGACCUAAAAUCCAGCAUAAAUGUCACCACUUUCAUUCCGUAGAGUUAGAGAAGUAGCCCAGGCACUCCAGGAUGACAAUCUGGCAGGUUUAAUGAAGAUCAGUGCAGAUUUACAAGAAUCAGCAGCAUUGUUUCAACCUACAAAUUAGGUCUUUGUCUACAGCAGGCAAAUUGCACAGACAACAGCAAUGUGCUAUUUCGUGAGGCUGUAGCACAGGGAAAGGCAGCCUUUGGCACUCCGGAUGUUGAUGACCAGAUCUCCCCUGAUGCUUUGCCAGCAUCAUAGCUGUAAGAGCAUUAUGGGAGAUGUAGUCCACAACAUCUGGAGUGCGGAAGGUUGCCUACCCCUGCUAUAACAUAUACAUUCUAUGCACACUGUAUUGUAGGGAUUUUCACACAUUAAUUCACAUUUUACAUUUAUGUAAGUUUAUCUGUAAAUGCAGAGGACUUAUUAAAAAAAAAUUAUAUUCUGGAUAUUUGGAUGAUUACAGAGAGUCAAAAUUAUUAUAUAUUAUAAAUGUGAUUUUGUCCUGCUGAUCAAAACAUUCGCUAUCUCUCAGAAUUUUUCAGAAACUACUAGAUCAUAACUACUCCUCUAUAGCGUUCCAAUAUUUCCACAAAGGAUAAAAGUAAUCGUAUACCUGUAAAUAUGCUGUCUUUUUUAUGUGUCCAAGGGCUGGCACAGUUUUGUAGUAUAAAACAAAAUGUCUAAAUGAAGAUGUUCAUACAAUUUUUGUUUGCCUUUAAAAUAGGCACUUGAACACGAAUAUCAAGUUUUAUUCCGUGAGCCUGAAACAAGUUGGAAGUUCAAUGUAAGAGAAUUGACAAGGUAAGUAGUGGAUCAAACUCAAUUGCCUAGCUUACAUGGUUGCUUUUGCUAAGAUUUUAUGAUAAGAAAUCUGCUGUUUUCUUUCACAGUCUUUAAAAAAAAGAAAGUAUGUUUCAAGUCUAAGCUGUGUCUCAAUAUGCCACAUUUUUAAGGGGAAACAUGAAGCAUGAGGGGCCCUUAUAGGGCAUUGGGGCUUGGACUGCCUCUGUUUGUGCCUUUUAGGUGGAGAUAAAAUGAAAAAAUUAAAUUAUAAAAUAUCUGUUCGAAGAACAAAGGCAGUGUACCAUCUGUCACAGGAUCCAGUCUUAGAUUAUUGUCAAGAUGCAAUAUCUUUGGAGGCACUCCCGAGAUCCUUCAUAGAUGUCAGUGUUGUACUCUUGCAUUUGCAAUAAUCUGCAAAGACCUCAGACGGUGACAGAGCCGCUUUAAAUAUGCUCUCUGUAUAAUAUUCCCAUGAUGCUUAGUUGGCCACGCCAAGAAAAAAAUAAAAAUCUACAUUUCCAAGUUCAAUGAACUAUAAUAGUAUAUACAUUUUGUUUUCUUUGGCGGUUUAGAAGGAAUAGCCAUGGCGUUCCAAGAGAAAAGAUUCAGCGCAUGAAAGAAGUGUACGACCACAGUGUUACUUUUCACACAGUUCUACAUUCCGAGAAGCCAAGCCGGAACAAUAGAUAAGUCUGAGAGGGAUUCGUGUGAGCUCUUCCCAAGUCAGGACCAAAACACAGCUUUUUCAUAUGAUGCUAUUUUAUAUACACAGGUGUACACAGAUACCUGGAGCUUAGAAGCAGGAACACACUAGGACAGGGGUACGCAACCUUCAGCACUCCAAAUAUUGUGGAACGCAUCUCCCCUGAUGCUUUGCCAGCAUCCUGGCUGUAAGAGCAUUAUGGGAAAUGUAGUCCACAAAAUCUGCAGUGCUGAAGGUUGCCAACCCUUGAUCUAGGACCACAAUAAGUUUCAUGUAUCAAAAUCCAUUGUACAUUUCAUGAGGGUUACAUUUACAGAGGUUUUACUUCACUAAUACAGACUUGCUUUUAGCCAAUUUAGCCUGCGUCUUUUGCAUCUCAAACUGCAAACUUAGUAUUGCCACCAGGUUUACAUUAGACCAACAUAUUUGUUAAAAAGUAGUCAGUUGUUAUAGACCACUGCUGGCUAAUAUGUUAGUCUUAUUAUUUAUGUAAUUAAAUGUUUUUUAAACUGGAACUGAUAUGCAAAGCCAGUGUGGUACUGUGGUUACUACUAGAGAAAAUUCCAAGCAUUCAUAUGUGCAUAUAGAUGCCUGAGCAUGCAUGUGCGUGACCACAGCAUCAUGGGAUGGCGAAGAUGCCACAACAUGGAGGUGCAGUGGAAGUUUUUUUGUUUUUUUUUACUUCUGCUGCAUUUAACUCCAGUAAACACUCAUAUUGCUUAAUAGGGUAAAGGAACAAGGAAUUGUCAGCUCCUAAUUAAAUUAAUGCAUGUACAUACAUCUCUACUGAAGGAAUGCAUAAGCGCACAUGCACUUUUUGCACUGUAUCUGCUUCUUUGGAUGGAGAGCACCCGAGGCUCUGUGGCUUGGCUGUAGAAGCACUUGAGAUAACUAGGUUUCGUUUUACCUUCAAUGCAUUCUUAAUCCUUAAAACCCACCCUAGACCCCUAAAGCACAUUAGCUUGCAAAAAUGCAUGAAGUGUGUCAUUGUUUUUUAAUUUUCAAAGAGUGCAGAUUGCAAUACAAAUCACACUUUUAUAAAUAACCCUGUUACACUUCAUGGUUGCUUAGUUUAGUGGAGCUAAACUCAAGUGGCAGGUAGUUUUGCAGAGCAUCUGCCUUGUAAAGACUUCUCAUUGAGCUGCAAUGGGAAGUCUGUGAUUGGAUACACAGAAAAUCUGGGCUAGGGAAGACAGGGAAGGUCUGCAAAAGCUUCAGACAGAUCUGCAGCUUUUGCAAGCCCUCCCCAUCUAAUCCCGCCCAGACUUUCUGUGGCUGCCCAAUAACAGACUUUCCAGUGCAGCUCAAAGAGACGUCUUUGCAAGUCUGGUACUCUGGGCAAUUGUUGCCUCUUGGGUGUAGCUCCACUUACCCAACCAAACCAGAAGUAAGAGGACCUGUUGUCUGAUUGACAGACAUGGGGAUAUAACAAUGUUAAUUUAAAAACAUGUAAUUUCUAUAGCAAUCUGCACUUUUUGUAAAAUGAAAAAAGACACUCUUUGCACAUAAACCACUUGAGCAAGCUAAAGUGCAUUAGGUGUCUGGAGGGUCCCUCUAAGUCUACUGGUGUUGAACCAAUCAAUUCCAAACUAAAAAAAAAUGAACAUCCAGUGUUCAAUUUUAUUUCAGAGAUCCCUCAUACAAGCAACAUAUGUACUCUACACUGAACCUUUGUCAAGUUAUCAUGAUUAUCUUAUAAGUUUUCCAAUUUGGACCAUUAGUCAGUUUUGCAAACGGGAGUUGCUUCACCCCCUCAAAUAAGGUCUGGUGAGUGCUGGUGAAUCUUCAGACAAGUGACAGUUCCGCUUUAAAUAUAGUCAUUACCAUUUGCUAGAGAAGUGACUAGCAAAUGUACAGGUUAAAUGCUAUACCUACGUAAGGCAUGCUUCCAUGUGGGUGCUGGGCCAGAGGGCACCUCCCUGCACUUACAUUAUUAAGGGUAGCAGCAUACAGGUGAUACUCGAAAAAUUAGAAUAUCGUGCAAAAGUUCAUUUAUUUCAGUAAUGCAACGUAAAAGGGGAAACUAAUAUAUGAGAUAGAUGCAUUACAUGCAAAGCAAGAUAGUUCAAGCCGUGAUUUGUCAUAAGUGCGAUGAUUAUGGCUUACAGCUCAUGAAAACCCCAAAUCCACAAUCUCAGUAAAUUAGAAUAUUACAUGUAAUCAAUAAAACAAGGAGUGUACAUAGAACAAUAUCGGACUUCUGAAAAGUAUAAGCAUGCAUAUGGACUCAGUACUUGGUUUGGGCCACUUUUGCAGCAAUUACUGCCUCAAUGCGGCAUGGCAUGGAAGCUAUCAGCGUGUGGCACUGGUGAGGUGUUAUGGAAGACCGGGAUGCUUCAAUAGCGGCCUUCAGCUCUUCUGCAUUGUUCGGUCUCAUGUCUCUAAUCUUUCUCUUGGCAAUGCCAAGGCGAGUUUGCUGGCCAAUCAAGCACAGUAAUACCAUGUUCAUUGAACCAGGCUUUGGUCCUUUUGGCAGUGUGGGCAGGUGCCAAAUCCUGCUGGAAAAUGAAGUCAGCAUCCCCAUAAAGCUCGUCUGCGGAAGGAAGCAUGACGUACUCCAAAAUCUCCUGGUAGACUGCUGCGUUGACCCUGGACUUAAUGAAGCACAGUGGACCAACACCAGCAGAUGACAUGGCUCCCCAAAUCAACACAGACUGGGUAAACUUCACACUGGACUUCAAGCAUCUUGCAGUGUGUGCCUCUCCAUUCUUCCUCCAGACUCUGGGUCCUUGGUUUCCAAAUGAGAUGCAAAAGUUGCUCUCAUCAGAAAAGAGGACUUUGGACCACUGAGCAACAGAUCAGGUCUGUUUUUCCUUUAGCCCAGGUAAGACGCUUCUGACGUUGUUUGUUGUUCAGGAGCGGCUUGACAAGAGGAAUACGACAUCUGAAGCCCAUGUCCAGGCUCUUGAUGCACUGACUCCCAGCCUCAGUCCACUCCUUGUGAAAGCCCCCAACUCUUUUGAAUGGCCUUUUCCUAACAAUAGUCUCCAGGCUGUGGUCAUCUCUGCUGCUUGUGCACCUUUUUCUUCCACACUUUCCCCUUCCACAUUACUUUCUAUUAAUGUGCUUUGAUACAGCACUUUGGGAACAUCCAACUUCCUUCGCAAUUACCUUUUGAGGCUUUCCCUCCUUAUGGAGGGUGUCAAUUAUGGUUUUCUGCACAACUGUCAGGUCAGCAGUCUUCCCCAUGAUUGUGAUUCCUACUGAACCAGACUGAGAGACCAUUUAAAGGCUCAGAAACCCUUUGCAGGUGUUAUGGCUUACUUAGCUGAUUAGAGUGGGACACUGUGAGCCUAGAAUAUUGCACCUUUUCACAAUAUUCUAAUUUACUGAGAUUGUGGAUUUGGGGUUUUCAUGAGCUGUAAGCCAUAAUCAUUGCACUUAUGACAAAUCAUGGCUUGAACUAUCUUGCUUUGCAUGUAAUGCAUCUAUAUUAGUUUCCCCUUUUACGUUGCAUUACUGAAAUAAAUGAACUUUCGCACAAUAUUCUAAUUUUUCGAGUAUCACCUGUAUAUUGUUAUAAGCAGUGUGAGAUUCUGGUCUGAACGCUGUGUGAGCACAAAUGAUUGCAUGUCUGUGGUGACCUAAUUUUGAUGUUAUGCCUCUAUGAGAUUGGCAUAGAGGUGCUGGAUAAAAUGUUUAAUCUGAACAUAACAUUCAUUGAUACAUUUGCAUGGACAUCAUUUUUAACUAUUGCCAUUGUGCUAUACUUUUAUGGCUAUGCACUUAUACAAAAUUCCAAUGUCACUUUCUUUUAUAGACAAAACUACUAAAUGUGUAUAUAUUGCUUUAUAAUUUUUAAACUUUUACCUAUAGAUUUGUUUUAUAUGAAUACGGUUUCAAUGUUAUGUAUGAAGAGUUAGACAUUUCGAGGUGUUGAUAUUUUGCACUGUAUAAAUAAUAAGAUUUAGCUAUAUUUUAUAUGAAUGUCAGCUUUGUUUACCUGGUUAUAAAGACCUUGAUCCUUUUAUUCUAUUUGUAAUAAACGAUGGAUGAAAAUGCUAAUUUCCACUUCACAAGAACAGCUUGUCAGCUCAUGUAACAAAACAGCUGUUAUCCCUUGCUUUAUAUUCAAUUAUAGAGAAAGAGUGUGUGUGUCUCUCUCCCCAAACUGCUAUAUCUAUUGGUAUAAUCAUCAGUAAUCAGGGCAGGUGCUGUGUUCCAGGUGUCGCAGAUUUCCGUGAAAUUUUAGGAGUACGGUUGUCUAUGCCCACAUAGAUAAACAUUUACUUUUUGUUGUUUACCUAAUCCCUUGUUGUAUUUACCAGGAAUAAAGCGAACCAGUUAAAUUGUUAGUGGUAUAAUUCCAAAUAUUUACAAUUUUUUAUUAAACUUUACAUAUUAACAUAUUUGAACAUUUUAUAUUAACCAUUCGUUCUAUAAUCUUCGUUUUCUUUUCCUCUGCAGUUUUUUUUUGCCUAAUAAAAGCGCAUCUUUCUCCACAGUCUGACUGAGAUUGUUCAUUUCAGGACUGACACUUUGUAACAUGUCGGCUGUUUCUGCUUGUGAAGUAUGUGUUGGGGAAUCUUGUCCUGGUUUGUGGCCAUUUUCAGACGCACUUAAACGAGUGUCUGCUUUUUCGUCUCCUAUACCUGAAACAAGGGCUUGUGUAUCUAUCAGAGCAAGUUCUUCAUCUGCAAUAAACCCUUCUGUGUCUGUCGAGCUUUUAAUGUCUCUAGGUGUGCUUUUGGAACGGUUUUCAUUGUGCCCCGUUACUUGUGUGCUUUCUUUCUGAGCACUGCUGCUCCGCGGAGGGCGAAAUGCUCUCUGUAAGCGUGGGGAUACAAGCGACCGGAUUGGAGUCACUGGUGGAGGGGAAGGUACCCGACUAAGGAAAUCCAAACCUCUGAGCUGUUUGCACGCCUUUGGGUCAGUUUCAAGUCUACAGGCAGUAAGAGGAGGCUUCACGUCAGGGGUAGG